CGCUUGAAAUGCUGCCAUCUAAGCCAGCAGCUGGCUAUCUAGGUCGAGUUUCCUUCGAUUGGAGAGAGGUAUUUCGCAUCCAUCGAUCUAGCGUCUUCGAUCAUCGGCAGGAUCCAGGAUGAAAUUUCCCAUGUAUAUUGCGAGCUGCGCCAGGGAUCAAUCGGCGAAUUACCUGGAUGUGAUCGACAAGCACACCGGGCAAGCGGCCGCCAAGGUGCCGCUGGCGUCUCCCGAGGACAUCGAAGAGGCGAUCCAGGAAUGCGUGAAAGCGGCACCGGCGAUGGCGGCGUUACCUUCCUACGAGCGCAAGGCGGUGCUUAGAAAGAUUGUUUUCGAGCUCGAAAAAAGGUCCGAGGAGAUUGCUCAACUGAUAACCACCGAGUCCGGGAAACCGAUCAAGGAUGCAAGGGGUGAAGUUCAGCGAUCCAUCGACACUUUUGAAGUAGCUGCCGAGGAAGCUACUCGGAUUUACGGGGAAGUUCUUCCACUGGAUAUUUCAGCACGCAACAAAGGCAUAGAGGGUAUUGUAAAGAAGUUCCCUAUUGGGCCGGUUUCGAUGGUAAGCCCGUGGAACUUCCCGCUCAACCUGGUUGCACACAAGGUGGCACCGGCCAUUGCUGUGGGGUGUCCGUUUGUCCUAAAGCCGAGCAGUCGGACUCCACUCUCGGCGCUUUUCCUGGGAGAGAUUCUAGCAUCGUGUGACAGUCUUCCCAAGGGUGCCUUUUCCAUCCUCCCUACCACUCGCAACGAAGCUGAUGCUUUCACGACCGACGAUCGCUUCAAGCUUCUCACAUUUACAGGCUCUGGCAUGGCUGGCUGGAAUAUGAAAGCUCGAGCCGGAAAGAAGAAGGUGGUUAUGGAGCUGGGAGGCAAUGCUCCAUGCAUAGUGGAAGAUCUCGUUCCAGACCUGGAAGGCACAAUCGCUAGGUUGGUCCAUGGGGGAUUCUAUCAAAGCGGCCAGUCGUGCAUUCACAUGCAGCGUCUUUACGUGAGAGGUGGCCUUUACAAGGAGGUGAAGGACGCAUUGAUCGCUGCCGUUAAGAAACUCAAAGGUGGCGAUCCUCGCCAAGACGACACGUCCAUCGGGCCCAUGAUAUCCGAGUCGUCGGCAGCUACUGUGGAGAAGAGCGUGAACGAGGCAGUGAAGGCAGGCGCCAAACUUCUAGUUGGUGGUAAGCGAAGGGGAGCUUUCAUGGAGCCAACAGUCCUGGAAGACGCUCCCUUUGACACGGACGCAAGGAAGGAAGAGAUUUUCGGUCCCGUGAUCCUUCUCUACUCAUACAAUGAUUUCAAGGAAGCCGUGAAGGAGGCUAACAACACGCAUUAUGGUCUCCAAGCCGGCGUCUUUACGCGUGAUCUAAACAAGGCCUUCUAUGCGUUUGAGCACAUAGAGGCUGGAGGAGUUUGCCUCAACGAUUCGCCAAGCAUGCGCGUUGAUAGCCAGCCAUACGGUGGGAUCAAAGACUCUGGAAUCCAACGAGAGGGUGUCAAGUACGCGAUGGACGACAUGCUCGAAACCAAAGUUUUAGUCAUGCGCAAUGUAGGCAACGCGUCUUACUUUUGAUCAAGCUCGAGCUCGAGCUCGAGCUCGAGCUUUCGAGAAGAGUAAAUACAGUCUAUCCACGAA